UUUCUAUUGUGACUCAAUGUUACGUGACGUCAGUUUUGGGAGACAGGUCAAUAUGUCUGCCUCCGUGGAAGCCCUGAAACACGAAAAAUGUGUAAAUUCUAAUUCCAGGCACGAGGGCGAGAACUGAUACAAUACACCCCUUCACCUAGCAAAUGCCUGACGUACGGUAACAGUUAGCUUGGCCAUUUAGCCAGCCAUCGCUAUAGUUUUCUAAUAAUGGAAAAGCUAGCCUCACCUAUCAAACUCAUUCAUUUUUCGAGGGCGCAGAAUACUGUUUGUGUGGAUGUACUCGAUGCUCUCUAGCCCUUUGUGAUUAAUGGGAACGGCAGUGUCGUAAUUUGGAUUAACCGCAACAGUUUCUGGACCCAGAGCCACUCUCAGAACCUUCACAGUUGUCCGUGGCUUUCAGAGCGUUUCUCAGUAGCUGUUCCCAUUUAUAAUGGCAUCAUCUUCCUGUUUGUUUUGGCCAACUUCUGUAUGGCUACGUUUAUGGACCCAGGCAUCUUUCCAAGAGCUGAGGAGGAUGAGGACAAGGAUGAUGACUUCCGUGCUCCUCUUUAUAAAACUGUGGAGAUCAGAGGGAUCCAGGUCAGGAUGAAGUGGUGUUCAACUUGUCGCUUCUACCGACCGCCACGUUGCUCCCACUGCUCAGUCUGUGACAACUGUGUUGAGGACUUUGACCACCACUGUCCAUGGGUCAAUAACUGCAUCGGCAGGAGGAAUUACCGAUACUUCUUCAUCUUCCUCCUUUCACUGACUGCCCACAUCAUGGCUGUGUUCGGCUUUGGGUUGCUCUUCAUCCUCUAUCGUCACCAGUACAUUGAUCGCCUGAAUGCGAUUGUCACGCUGGCUGUAAUGUGUGUUGCAGGCCUGUUCUUCAUUCCAGUUGCUGGUCUCACUGCUUUUCACAUUGUUCUUGUGGCAAGGGGCAGAACUACUAAUGAGCAGGUGACAGGAAAGUUCAGAGGAGGAGUUAACCCUUUUACCAAUGGGUGUUGGAAGAAUGUCACUCAUGUCCUCUGCAGUUCACAGGCACCCAGAUAUUUGGAUAGGAAGAGGUACGUGCAGAGUGUGUGUGUUCAGCCCCCAUUUCUACAGCCACAACUGACUGACGCCCAGCGAAAUGCAAAGAUCCUGAAAAAUGGUUUACGAGGAGAUCUACAUAGGUCCAAAUCAAGUCUGGAUAGGCAAGAGAGCCAGUCAUGUGAUUCUGAAGCUCCUCCUCCAAAACCGGAACUCCACUACCCUGGAAUCACCAGAGGGAGCACACAGGAUUACAGUCUACUAAACAAAACACCUCCUACCCCAACUAUGUAUAAAUACAGACCUACCUGUAGUCCUGGAAAGAACCACACUCCACUAACCCAUGCUUAUGCAAACCAGUUAAGUCGUGCGGAGAGGGAUGUCAGUAGUAGGGAUUCCUCCUGCUCAACUUCCUCCCUUGUCCAAUCCAGCCAUCAACCUGGUUUCUGCUCACAAUCAAGCCUGGACCGGAGGGACACUUCUUCUGACAAACUAGGGGCAGUAGCUGGACGGGAGAGAAAAGAGGGUGGAGAAGUCGGAGGCAUCCCUGGCUUCACUCUGACGGGGCGCUCCUACCCCUCAUUUUCUGACCCUGCUGUCCUGUCAGGAGUGGCUUCAGAAUCCUCUGGUUCCAUCCAAACCUCAGCAGGUGCUGUCCACAUCUCUGAAGCAACCAUUACCUCAAGCAGCUUCAAGAGCUUAGCAAAUCAGACACCUCCACCUCACGACCCAGCACCGAACGGAAGCCUCUCAUAUGACCGUGUCAUGGCUGGAGAUGAUGGUUUUGACAAAGGGGUGUCAGCAGGAUCCAAAAUUCCUGACGUUUCAUCUGGGAGACCCUGCUCUGCAAUGGCAGGUGGCUACAUCUCCUCCUUCCAUUCUUCAAAACCUAGAGAUGUUGAAAUGCUUUCCCAGUCUCCCCAGUACCAUCACCCCCUCCUCCACCGGUCAGCCUCUUCCACAUGCUCCUCUCCUCCUGAGAGGGACCAUCUAUUGGUGGAACCUCCACGAAGCAGUCGCCCCUUGCCUUUCUGUCAGACUUCUGUGCCACCCACUUCCUCUGUUCAGCAUCCACGGCACCAUCACCACCACCAUCACUCCCAUCAUCAUCAUCAUAAUCAUCAUCACCAUUCCUCCUCUACUUCCUACCCUUCUCAUUUCAUUGCUCCUCACCUGCCACACCAUCCCUACCCACACCUCACAUGCUCCACGGAUACCCCUUUGGGCUUGUCAUUAUCUUCCACAAACCACCCUUCCCACUCCCCACACCAUCCACCUCUUGGUAAAUCACUGUCCUACUCAAGCGCCGCUGCUGCUGAAAUGCAGUACCAGCUAAUUCGAAAGGCCUCCUCAGCAGCUGGAGCAAAUGCAGCAGGAAUAACAGGAGGAAUACAUGCACCAAAGGUUGAGAUAGACCAGACCGAACGGCGGAGUUGGACCAAUGGCAGUGAGCCUUUUUUUACUUUGCCAUCCUCCUCCUCUGCUUCCUUUGCCUCCCACCGGGUCAACCCAUCUGCUGGAGUGACUGAUUCUAGCUCAGCAAUUAUUCAACCGUUAACCCAUCAGCCUCUGGGUACUGGUCUGGUGAGGUGUGAGGCUACCACCUUUGAGAUUUCUGUCUAAUUUGCAGCUUCAUCCUGAGAUUCUGAGAAGACUACUGACUGACUCUAUCGCACUGAUAGUACAGCUAGUAAAUUUUUAUUAUUUGCUAUAAAACAAGAACUAAAUGAGACUCGGCUGGUAUUUAAUGAAAAAUACUAUCAAUCAAUUGAACAGCCAGGACCUACAAGUCAAGUCAUAUUUUUUUAGGUCUUGGACUGACUGACUGAAUCUGCCUGUGUUUGAGAAAGAUUGCUACUUGUUUCAUUAAGGCAAGUUAAUUUUCAUAGAGGUAAGAAUGAACAAAUGCUGAUUCCCUUUUUUGUUGAUUAUUCUUAGAUGUGAAUUAAUUAGUACAGGAUAAUGUGAUUUGAAAUGUGAAUGUCCUUAUUCUACUUUUGUUGAUUAUAUGGUACAUAUUGUAUGACAGCAUGCACAUUCAUUAUUAGUAGCCACUGUGGGCCAUGUUGGACUGUGGAUAAGGUUGAGUGCUUGAACAAACAGGAAGAGAAUUUAGGUCAACCACUAAAAAACCUUUGGUUCUAAAUCAGAGCUAGAAAACAAGGCAGGUAUUUCUAAAAAAAAAAAAAAAAAAUCUUGGUUUUGAUUUUCAAGGUCAUUAGGUCUUCAAAAUUCCAGGUUAUUUUGUUAUUUUCUACAAAUCUGUUUUUUAUUUAUGGAUUAGAUAGAGGGCUGAGCAUCGAGAACCGAUUGGAACCAGGACUAACGUUCCGGUUCUCCCAGAAUUGUUCAAAUUUAAAAAAUUCGGUUCCCAGUAUCGAUCCCUACAGUCCGCCAAACCCGAAGAAGAAGGUGGUGAAAACCAACGAAGAGGCGGUAAAAACCAAUGAAGAAGUACGCACAAAAAGACGUGCUUGUGCCAAACAGCAGUGUCGAACAAAAGUCUUUAUUUUAAAAUAAAUGACCAAUCACCUAAAUGCAACACUUGGAUUAAGAUUAUAUUGUGCAAAUGAGGGUUUCACAAUGUGUAGAAAUCUGACGCGCUCCCUCCCGCUCCGAGCCUCAGCCUGGACCGUGUGGAACUUCAGUCAAAUCAAUUGGGUGAGUGAAACAAUAAAAUAGGUCUAUGCCAACAUUGAGGCAACAAACAAGUUAAACGGUGGGUUGCACUGCUGGUUUUUAGUGUUUAUUUUAGUCUUCAAAGUAAAUUCUGAUGACAGACACAAACAUAAAAUAUAAAUGACUUCCUGUUGGAUUUAUCUUACCCAACAUUAUAAAAAAUAGACACAAAAGGAAUGAAGACGCUGGUUUCUUUUUCUCAUGAGGAGGGCGUAUGGGAGAUUGUUCAGAUUACAGCCUCUCAACACGCUCUAAACAAUCUCUCCCGUCACUCCUGUAUUUAUUUGAAAUAAGGAGGUUUUACAAGACAUAAUGUACUAAGCUACAAGACACAACACACUAAGGGUAGGGUUUCAAGGUGAAGACAUGGGACCAACACCUGCCACGUCCCCGACCACGUCCUUGGUCAAGGCGCCCUUCCAUCGGAUGAUUCCUGCUGAGUCAUCUUCUUGAAGGCGAGACAUCUUCCUUUCUCAAAAUCGUCCAUAAUACUAAUGCAAGCUAAGCAAAUAAAUGAUAACUUCUACAAUAUAUUUAACACUUCCAUACUGUAAAGAAAGUAGAAACAGUCGCAUUAUAAGCUUAACAUUGAGCGAAAACUUCACCAAAAGUACAUCAUGAAAAUCUUUAUAUUUAAUGACCGGAAUUAAUUUGACCUGAUUCCCUUAUGAGACACAACAGGAAUUUAGGAAAUUUCACCUGCACAUGCAGGUAUUUAUUUCACACUCAAACUGAUUGAAUUUUUGGCCAAAAAGUUAAGUAAAUAUCAUCCUUAAAUUGAAUCGCCAAACACGACUCGUGAUGCAAAUCAAAUUGUUGCUAAAACGAAUUGUUACACCCCUAUUACUUAAAAUAAGCAUCUUAUAAUUUCUACAGAUUUAACCAAACUAGUAAGUAAUGCCACUUAGAAUUUUACAUUCAUGACAUUCUUGUUUAAAUCAAUAACGAAAAUCGAAUUAGGAUUGGGCAUCAUUUGAAUUUGAGCGAUUCUGGUCCCAAUUCCGGUCCCUCAUUUUGAUUCCGAUUCUUUUAGGGGUCUGGGUCAAAUAAGGUUGCAUGGUUUAAAUAAAGGGUGUCCAAAUUAUGAACAUCCAUUUUCUUAGCAGCCUGCAGCAUAAACUAAAAUGAACAUUUGACUCGGUGUUCUUUAUAACCAGUAUGGCAAUGUGUGUGGAACUAACCCAAAUUACUUAAUAUUAAUUAAUUAUUGUUUCACCUAAAAAUUAAAUAUAUGAUUAAAAUAGUUUUUGCGACUGUUUUAUUAAGUAAAAUGAUUUAUGUGUUUUAACUUGACUUCCUGUUUUAAGCAUGAAGCCUUUUAUUUUGAAGGGUACGCACCGGAACUAAGCAUUUUGGCACGAACAAUAAUUUCACACGACACCGGUAAAAACGAAGUUAAAACGAGAUGCAAGAAAAAGAGUAAUGAAUGGAACCAAUUGCGCUGUAAAACGUUGAUUCGUUUACCUACCCACAAUUGAGACACAAGGUUAAUGUUUAUGAUACUGUGAGAUGUUUUUCUGAAUUUUGUCCCAAUUCAUUGUGAUGUAAAGUUGAGAGUUUGACGUUUGGUGAAGUUUUCCCUCAAUGUUAAGGUUGAAUGCAACUGUUGCUACUUUCUUUCCAGUAUGGUAAAGAAAUAUAUAUUUUAUUUUUGUGUCUGUCAUCCGCUCUUUCGUUUGUUUGAAGAGUAAAAUAAAUGCUAAAAACCAUCAGUAGAAGAGUGCAACCCACCGUUUAACUGGUUAGCUGCCUCAAUGUUGGCAUAGACAUAUUUUAUUGUUUCACUCACCCAAUUGACUUCACUGAACUUCCAAAUAAACAAAAUAAACCACAUUUUGAGUUGCAUAUACUGUUGGAAAGUUGUGUAAAGUUUCUUAGCGUUCUUAAUACAUUACAAUAUUUUUGUGCUCCAAACAUUAAGCAAGAUACAUCAUAUUGAACUGUGCUCCAAACAUUAAGUAAGAUACAUCUUAUUGGACUGUCACUGAACAUCACUCCGAGAACACUGCUAUAGUUUACAUGCCUACAUUUGUAGUCUAACCACCUCAUUUGGUAUUUGUAAAUUCUUUUUUUCUUCUUCAGUGAGAGAAAUCUCAUUUCUGCUGGGCUUUAACAAGUGCAUCAAAGUCAGUUCAAUGUCUGAGGUGGCGAUGCGAAGCACAGUGGACCGUUGAUCAUCAGUGAGAGAGGAUCUAUACCUGGAUUUUGCAAACUUCAUCAUUGAAAAUGUUUCUUCAUAUAUGUAAGCAGAGCCAAAGAGAACCAACAUCUUCUGAGCAUGUCUCCUAAUGUUUGGAAAGUUCUCCUCCUUGAGAGAAGAGUAGAAAUCCAGUAGAGAUCCUGACAAAGUGUUCUGCCAAUACUGCAUCAGACUGCAGGUCUAUAAAUUCAAGCUGAACCUCACUGGGUGCAUUAUUGACACUGCAGGUAACCGAAGACGAGAUCAUGUGUAUUCCAUCAUCGAUUGUUCUGAGAUCCUCAAAUCGCCUUGAAAUGUCACCAUGCAAUGGUACAAACAUGGCUGAGUAUCUGCAGAGGUAAUCAUCUGAUGGUGUGACUUCUUUCAGGGUUUUCAUGUAUUUAUUGGCUUGAAAUAAACCGACUCUUUCUCAUGAAAGCCUUCACCGGGCUGUGCAUUUCAUGAACAAAAAGUCCCUUGCCUUUCAGUUUGGUGUUCAUUUCAUUCAUACAGUAAGUGUAGUCACAUCAAGAGCAAAUUCAAAAUCAGCUAUCCAGCGCUCAUUUGAGAGCUCUGGGAAGUAUUUGCCUUUCUUCUCACAAAACUCUCAAAUCUCUGCUUUCAGGUCCCAAAGGACUUUGCCCAGGCUUAGCCAUCUGACAACUGUGUGGUAGCCAAUGUCACGAUGCUUAGUCUCAUGCUCCUACAAAAGUUGCACAAACUCUCUGUGAUUCAAUGCCUGUGCCCUGAUGAAGUUUUGUAUUUUAAUUACAACAUCAGUAACAUAGUUAAUAAUUAGCACUGACUUGCACAACAUAUGUUGGUGCAUGAUAUAAUGCAAAAAUACCCAUUUCUGAUCUGGGCUGAUUUCAGUCACUUUAUCUUGCAUAAGUUUCAAAAGUCCAACAUUUUUCCCUGUAAGACUUGUACAGUCCAUACACAUAUUUACCUCAUUGCACAGAUCGCUCCCUGUUGUUGUCCCUUUUAUUGACCGCAUUGCUGCCAGCUCUUCCAUAAUCAGCCUGCCGUAAUCCCACGGACAAAUACGGGUAACUGCACUGUGUCGCGGACAUCACAGCUCUCGUCCAAAGCCAAGGAGUAAAAUUCAAAAGUUCCCACUUCACAUUGAGCUGAGACUCAAGAUUUCCUGCACUGACGUCGAUCCUUCUCGUCACGGUUCGCCUGGACAGUGGGACUUGCUUAAAUGCAUAUUUUUUUGCAGGGCAUAUUAGUCCACAAAGCACUCUUUGACAAACUCCCCUUCCAAGUUUUUAGCAAUUUUGUGGGCUGGUCUUUGUUGCUGCAUCCCUAGAUGUGUGAAGCGCGGUAAAAAAGCCUUGCUGCUUUUGCAGAUUAAUGAGCAAAACCUGCAAUGUCAGUGCCCUUUUAGCAUCAAUCAAGUUUUUGUAUUUCUCCGCGUGUUUCUCUUUCGUCUCGUCAUGUCAUCUAAAAUUGUAGUCCUUAAACAGGGAGAUCUGCUCCUCGCAAACUAAAUACGCCGCUUUAACGGCGACUUCGGUAAAUAAAUACUUAGCGGCCCAAUUUUUAUUGAAAACCCUGCAUUCGGCAUCUACCUUUCUUUAUAUCGCUCGAGCAGACAUUUUUUAGCGGUACCGCUAAAAAUUAUCGUCACACAAGUGACGAGACUUGUGAAAAAUUGUAUCAUGAUCCAAUCACGUCUUGAUGUACGUAUUGCAUCAUUAUGUAUGUGAAUAAAAAAACCUUCAAAAUAAAAGCAAUGGCGCUUUUGUCCAUGCAUGAGAUAAAAUGAAAAUUGUUUAUUUUGUAAUUUCCAAUUAACCUUGUGCGGGCCGGUCACAAUCAAAUGGGCGUAUGUGGCCCGCGGGCUGUACAAUGCCCAGGUCUGGUCUAUAAGUAUACAUAUGAUGUGUUUUAAAACAAUACUUAACUAUAUUUGUAAUUGUUUUAUGUAACUAUGGUAGAUAAAAUAGCAAAGUUUGUAUUCAUUGUCACCAGUGAUUGUCGUCCGGCAACUUCCAUUGACAUGAAUGGGAGUGAAAGACGAGCUCAAAAUAGCCCCUCUUUUGAAUUUCACCCCUUGUCCAACCUCAAUUUAGGGUCUCUAUUAAUGCGCCAACAAAAAGCUUGGUGAAUUGUGAUUCACAAUGAUUUAUAUACACUGAACAGCCGCGUGAGGUUAAAAAACAGGUGGCUAUUUUGAGCUCGUCUUUUGCUUCCAUUCAUGUCAACCGUCGCUGGCAACAAUGAAUGCAAUUAAUGCAAGCUUCGCUAUUUUGUCCACCAGUUACAUGAAAAAAUUACAAAUAUAGUGAAGUAUUGUUGCAAAACUCAACAUACUUGAAUGUGCGUACAAAUAAGUCCCGCACAAUCAAACUCGUGGCACUUCGAAGACAUUCAUUAAUUCAUCUUUCCUACCGCUAAUGCUCACUAGGGUCGGGGGGUAUUGGAGCCUAUCCCAGCUGACUGAGCGAGAGGCAGGGAUCACCCUGAACUGGUCACCACCCAUUCGCUAAAGCCCGCCCGAAAUUCUCGGUCACAAGCUUAUAAAAGUCUCGCAUCUGUGGGCGUACUCUUAAGUAACGCCACUAAGCCUGAUUGGUUCACUGAGUGAGUUUAUAUAGCAAAGCUACUCACUCUUACCUGUAGUUCAUGUCACUUUUGUCCGGAAGGUGGCUCUCGUCAUUGAAUCAACCGUACGCCCUGCGAAUUCAUUUGGUGUCUCGUAGUCUGAAGUUUAAACCUCCCUGAAUAAAAAAUGCUAAUUGUUCCAUUAGAUAUUACAAUGGCAGUCCCCAUUUAUGGCUUUGCCUCCUAACUUACCCAGAGGACGUAUUGUCCUGUAAACAGCAGGGGAGACCUGAUAGAUAAGCAUUUGGUCCCAAGAAUGCAAUCGCCCUCUUUGAAGUAGAUAGUUCAAAGAGGAGAUGGUUGAAACGAUCACUCUCUUACAUGGAUUCUGCUGUACUGUGAAAAUGUCUCUGUUCAGGUGCUAUUAAAAAUACACUACACAUGUUUUCGGAAUGUGGGAGGAAACCGAAGUACCCUUGCAGGCACAGGGAGAACAUGCAAACUCCACACAGGCGAGGAUGGAUUUGAACCCCAGUCCUCAGAACUGUGAGGUGGACGUGCAAACCAGUAACUCACUGUGCCGCCAACAUAGAUUUCCACAUUAAGUAAUUUAUUAAUGGAGACACGCUGGUUUAACAUUACUAAUAACAAACCACAAAUUUACACUUUAAAUGUAAGUACUCACCAAGACAGAGAUUUACAUUUUUUAUUUAUUAAAAUAACAGCUGACAAUGAAAAAAGGGCCUUAAAAAGAUGUGGGUAUUUUGUCAGACAACCAUUCGCAUUGACCUUAAACUAUCAUAUUUCUCUAUGUAAGCAUGUUAAUUUUAUUUAUUUUCACUAAUGCUGCUGGCUGCAGCAUGAGCAGAGACGUCAUAGUCUUGUUCGAGUCUGAACUAGGCAUCGGAGACAUCUAUCUAGCAGACACAUAAUACAGUAUGUACCUGUCACGGAGCGUAGUAGCAUGUGAAUUGGAUUGGACCCAAGAGCCGAGUGAGGCGGAGGGAGGACAUUUAGAAUGGUUUAUUGUAGGUUGGCUCAGGGUAAAAUCCAAGGCGAGGUGGAAGACCGUCGGGACGAGAAGCGAGCAGGAAGCGGGAACGUAAGCAGGUGGGGUAGCUUGGCGGCGUGCCUGGAGCGGUCAGCGAGACGGAGAAGGAACACUGGAGACGGGGAAGAACAGAAUCGGGUGAGUACAGAUGCGGGUUGUAGGAUAAUACUAUCAUAUCACAAAACCUGGGAGUACGAGAGUCGGCUGGUGAGUCACAAACAAGCGUCAAUACUCAGGCGAAGGCUGUAGGACUUGACGGGCUUUAAAUGCAGGCAGUAUUCAGUGCUGCUUGAAAACAGGAGACAAAGCACACGACGGAACUGCAGGCCAUGGAUCAUGACAUGUACCAAUCAGACCCAAGCUGUUUUCCAUCUUUAAAUUCAGGAAGCUGAGCAAUCCAAUCAGAGCAAAGCUCACUUACAUGUCAGAAAUCCGAUCAUCUCAAAAUGCCAGGCGGAAAAGACCAAAAAACUGUAUAAUACCUUGAAAAAGGACAUUAUUGGCAUUUCCUACCAAAAUUAUGCAAACCAGAUAAAAGGACAUCAAAGAUUAUUCAAAUUAAAUAAAAAAAACAGUGAUGGAAGGGGACCUUUAAAUUCGGUUUGUUCGGAUUUUUUAUUUUUUUUUGGCUGAAAUUUGGUCCCAGCUUUUGUCCAUCCACUCUCUUUUUGGCAGUUUGGAAAUGGUCCGUACCACAUCCAUCCACCUGCUCGCGGGUCUCUUCCACUAUUUUCUGUAAUCACGUGCCCACACAAAGCCUUUUGUGCACGUGCAACUUUAUUUUUUUGCAGGGCUUGUGAACAUGUCCUCGUCCUCAAAGAGAAGAAGAAUACUCACGUCAGUAAUUGAAGCCUUUAAAUUUCCCGUAGGUGUGAAUGAGUGCGAAUGGUUGUGCAUCAUGGACAUAUUUGCCAUUUUAUACUCUACUUACUACUUGGACUUGCCUUGUCACGAUGUUUCCUCUGUCUGUAUAUUUGUUAACCUCAUAUUUCGUCAGCCGAAUUUAAGCAUGGUCAGACGUUGUCGUGUUAUGGGGUGUAGCGCUUUUUUGAGUCAGGCCUUUGCACUGCUGAUUGCUUACUGACUGAACUACGUAAUUCACUGCUUACCUGCAGUAUAAGAGACUGUAACAUAGUCAUAGGGACCCUGUGUGCAUUACGUUCAAAUGUAAAAGUUAUGUUCAUUUAUAUUUAUUGCACAUUUUUUCUAUAUGUUUAACUAUAGUUAGUCUGUAUCAAAAUGUAUUUAUUUAUUUGUGUUUUUUGGUGUAUGGAACAAGUAAUUGGAUUUUCAUCAUUUCCUGUGGGAAAUAUGGCUUUGGUUUUCGUGGAUUUGGUUUUAGUAAGACUUUUUGGAUGUGAUUAAUCACGAAAGUCAAGGUUCCACUGUACAUUGAAUUUGAUACCUUCAAGAUGUGCUCAAGAAGUUGGGAUAAUCUCUUGUACCAGCCGUUCGUUUUAAAGCUGGAAAAGUUGUCACUACUCAAUCAACACUGAUUUGAAAUACAUUAUAAAACAGAAAACCAGCGUAUUGGUGAAUAGGUUCACAGCAUAAUUGAGCAUUAAUGAAAAGUGCUCCAAAAUGUAAUAACAUUUUAAAAUGCAACUUUGGGAAUGUAGUUGUUUUACAUUGCAGGUUCAAUACAUUGGAUCAUUAGAGCUUGUAAUCAUAAAAUACAGUUUGAUCUCUGUAUACAAUCUUUGUACAAACUGCAUUAAAGAUGAAAUCAGGAAAAAAAAA